UAUAUAUAUAUAUAUAUAUAUAUAUAUAUAUAUAUAUACAUUGUUCUUGUUUGUUUGGGUUUAUUUGAUAAAGGAGAGCUAUUUGGAACUUCUAGAAUAAGCGUGAAUGCACGCGAGCGCAUUGCUCGGCAUCUGCAUCUCCGGCGUGCGCAUCGGGGAAAUCCACAGACAAAACAUAGACAAAUAGGGAUUUUUUUGCUUUGUGCAGGACAAUCAUGAACAUAUAUAAUCAAAGUGGUGGUGGAGGUGGUGUGUCGGAGGGUCAUGCAGACUCGGAGACGCCGGCUAAGUUGCUGUUUGGUAUUGGUACGGACAACCUGGUGACGCUGCUGGUGUUCGGGCUGAUCUUCGCGCUCGGCGUGGUGGGCAACUCGCUGGUGAUCGCCGUCCUGGUGCGACGCAGAGCAGGUCAACGCCGCGGCACCACGAACAUUUUCAUCUUCAACCUGGGCGUGGCUGACCUGUCCUACCUGCUUUUCUGCGUGCCCUUCCAGUCCACUGUGUACAUGCUUCCCACGUGGGUGCUCGGCGCUUUCAUCUGCAAGUUUGUUCACUACUUUUUUACCGUGUCCAUGCUGGUGAGCGUGUUCACACUGUCCGCGAUGUCCGUGGACCGUUACGUGGCCAUCGUGCACAGCCGGAAAUCCUCGUCUAUCCGCGUGGCGCGGCACGCGAUGCUCGGGGUGUUGGGCAUCUGGGCGUUCUCGCUGGCCAUGGCCGCUCCGGUCGCUUACCACCAGCGCAUCGUGGAGACCGAGGACAACAGCACAUUCUGCUGGGAAGUGUGGUCUAAUCCCAAGAGGAGGAAAGUCUACGUGGUGUGCACGUUUGUCUUUGGCUACCUGUUGCCCUUGAUCCUUAUUUCUUUCUGCUACGCAAAGGUACUGAAUCACUUACACAAAAAUCUGCGAAACAUAUCUAAGAAGUCAGAGGCAUCGAAAAAGAAGACAGCACAGACUGUCCUGGUGGUGGUGGUGGUCUUCUGCCUGUCCUGGCUUCCCCAUCAUGUGGUGCAUCUCUGGGUGGAGUUUGGAUCGUUCCCUUUGAACCAGGCGUCCUUCCUUUUCCGUGUGGCAGCUCAUUGCCUGGCCUACAGCAACUCCUCGGUCAACCCCAUCAUCUACGCCUUUCUCUCUGAGAACUUCAGGAAAGCCUACAAGCAGGUGUUCCAGUGCCACGUGGCCAGUGAAUGCCCAACACCAGAUGCUCGAGAAACGAGACACAAGAUGGAGAAAGUUACACCCACUAACUGCACCACGGUUUAACUUACUACACCCACUGGCUUGACUUUUCGCUCGUUUAGCAUUGGAGAUUGCUUCAAGUGGCAGAUGUAGUGGAAAAGCUGUUAUUUUCUUUCUGUCCUGUAAUCAAGCAUGCUAUCACAAUUCAAGCUGCUUUCUCAUUUUCUCAUUACGGUCAUUAAUAAAACACAGUAUGAAGGCCGGGAGGAAAAAUGAUGCUGUAUUAGGGUAAUAAGUGUUGUGCAAAGAUGUGAAUAUGUUUUUUUUUUAUGAAUCCAUUUGUUUUGUGGAAUUUUUUUAAAAGUCUGAACUUAUCCAUGCCUUGAAAUCAAUGUUUUUCGAGUUUCAGAUUUUGGACCAGAACAUUUCAGCUUGCUUGACAUGUAAUGAGUCUGUGUAGAUAAUUGUUUCAAUAGCAUUAAUUAGAUUAUACUUCUACAAUCUAUCACAUUUCCUCCACCCACCAAAAUGGAUGCGGAAGCGUGUAUGAGCUUUUGAACUAUAGGAGCAUCCAACAUCCACACACAAGAAGCUGGAAUAGACAAAGAUGCUACACUGUUAAAAGUCUGGAAAUACAAAGAAAAAAAAUAAAGAAAUAAAAUUGCAUAUUUUCA